AUUCACUUGCGUUGGGCUUUGGUGAGCGGUUUAUCGAUCUACCCCAGCACUGACCGACUGAUCCAUCGAGUUUGUUGUCUGUUUGCUUGGGUACACACAAGGAGGGCGUCAGCGGACGGCCCUCGCGAUCGCUUACCGAUUGCACGGUUCUACAAAAAUUGCCACUUCUUAGUCGUCGAUUGACUGGGCUCGCGCCAGCAAGUGUGACCUAUCGAGGAUCGAUUCGCGCGGUUUGUCGUAGCAAGAAGCUUUUUUUUUGGUGAAUUGCCGGAGGAGAAUUUAUCAAAAUGCAACGGUCACACAUGUGCUUAUCGGUGGUGACUGUUCUGGUGCUGCCGGUGGCUUGGAGUUACCCACUGGGAAAGAAUGUGUUCGCUACACAGAACGACGACGGAACGGAGUUUCGGGAUAAGGCCUACGACGAGGAAUUCAGAAAAGUGACAUGGGUGGGCGACAAACCUGUGCAUGCCCUUGAAUCUUACGACAAUCCUCCAGAUGUGGACAACGCUGCCCGAGAAAAGGACAACUUCCCAUCGAACAUCUUCAGCAAAUUCGAUGAUGCACAGAAAAAAGUGAAGGACUGGUUCGAUACCCCACCACUGAUCGACACCAUCAAAGAAUCAGACAAGUACGGAAACGAAGGCGAUCAUUUUUAUUUUGCCACCGGGCCACUGGUCAAGAUCACCGAAUCCGUAUCCAAUACGAUCAACAAGGCCAUCGCGGCUCCACAAAAACUUAUCCGUUCGGCGAAAAAAGUCGUUUCCGAAAAGUUGAACGACGUCGGUGCUAAAUUGGUUGGACUGUAGAAAUACAUUAUUUAAUAUUAGUAUGUAGGUAAUUGUUUUGUAAAAAGGUAGGUAUUCAAAAUAGCUUAUAAAAAAAUAAAGGCUGAUUUACAAUUCAAA